AUGAGUAAUCAAAAAUCUUUAGAAACUUUAAAUUUAUAUACACUUUCAAAAACAACAGCAGAAAAUUUUAUUCAAAGGAAUUUGUCAAAUGAUAGAAGAAAUUUAGAUAGUCAAGAUUUUGAAUAUUCAAUAAAAUAUAUAUUAAAUUAUUUAAAACAUAAAAUUGAAGCAGAUUUAAAUAUAAAUGAAAAUACUAAAAAACCAAAAGUAAAAACUAAAAAAAAUCAACAGAAUUUCAUUAAAAAUACAUAUGAAGAAGUUUACGAACAAUCAAUCAAGACAUUGAUUCAAUAUAUUACAAAGAAUAGAUUAGAUAAGAGGCAAUCUAAAUUAGUGUUUAAACUUAUAAUGGUAGAUACGCAAUAUGUAACACAUGCAACAAAAUAUUCAAUUUUUCAACAUUUAAAAUUGGUAGAGGUUUUCGAUGACAGUUCAUUAUCAAAUUUGAUAUCAUUAAUGAACCCUUUUUUUUCAAAUAGGACAACUAUAUCAGAGGCAUUUAUGUUUAAAAGUUUGGAUUGGAUAGAAAGGUCAUUUGAUAAUUUAAAUAAGGCAAUUCUCUCUGUUCAUUAUUCAUUUUUUUUCAAAUUUUUAGAAUACCUAAACCUUGGAAAACCAGUCGCAAAAUUUUUAUCUAAAAUUACAAAGAUGUCCGACUGUCAACCUAAAAGAUUAUUAUGGUUAAAAAAUUGUUGUACACAAACAAAAUUUUAUCAUCUUAAACCUCUUUUAGAAAUUUAUCAAUAUUCUCAAUCAAAAGCUUCAGGAUGGACUAGUACUGAUGAUUUUUAUAAUAUAUCUUAUUUUUCUGAUCAAAUUCCACAAAUUAAAUUUCCAAAAUUAAUUGCUGAUAUUAUAAUGCCUAAAAAUAAUAAUGAUAAUAAUAAUAAUAAUAAUAAUAAUAAUAAUAAUAAUAAUAAUAAUAAUAAUAAUAGUAAUAAUAAUAAUAAUAAUAAUAAUAAUAAUAAUAAUAAUAAUAAUAAUAAUAGAAUUAUUCCAUAUGGAUUUCAUCAUUUAUCAUUAUUGGGUCAUGGUAAUGUUCAAAUUCAAAGAUUAAAAAAUUGGGUUUUAAAUUCUCUUCCUUUAUUAAGUUCAAAGAGUAAAGAUAAAAAUUCAUUGAAAUUAUUUGAUCAACUAUUAAAAGCCCUUAUAAGAUUUACUGAUUUUACAUUGGAGGGAUUCCCAGAGGUUGAUGAUUUUUUGGUAAAAUUUUUACGUCGUUGGAAUGGUGAUAAUAAUAGAACAGAAGUUUUAAAAUUAUUCUCUAGAAUCAAUAUGUGUUCAUUUGCAAAUUUAUUUAAUAAUUUUUUAUCUCCAUUACAGAAUUUAUUUGAAUUUAAAGAUUUCCAAUUUAGAAUAAAUUUAUUAAGAAGUUAUAAUGAUCUAUUGUUACAUUGGUUAUCAACUGAUUGGAUAAGAUGUUGGAGCCGUUAUCCCAAAAAGAAACCACUUUUCAAUAUUAAAUGUAUCCAUGUUCAUUAUUAUUCAACCAUUAAAAUGUUUAUAAAAUAUUUUCAUACAUUUGCUUCGCUAGCAUUGAUUAAAACAAAUGAUCAUCCAAUAGCUCAACAUUGGAUACUUCAAUUCUAUAGCAAUUGUUCAACGAUCGUUGCUAAAUAUCAAUUACCAUUCACAAUAGCUCCACCAGUUAACAUUUUUAAUAAAUUAGCAUUCCUUUCAAUUACCUCUAUCCCAAUGAAUUUGGUCGCUUCCAUUUUACUCAAUUUUAAAUCUGAGCAUUUAAAAAUUCAACAUCUAUUAAAAUUUAAUAGGCAUAUACCAGUUAGAGAAUUUAAAUUAUCAAAAAAAAAAAAUUUUAAAUCUCAUCAUCAAAUUUUAAUCCAAUUUUCAAACUUUUUUUCAAAAGUUUUAAAAAAUCAAUGGUCUGAAAGUGCAAAUUCAAUGGCAUUAACUACCAAUUUUAAUGAUUUUAAUAAUUAUUUUAAUAAUAAUAACAAUAGUAGUAGCGGUAAUAAUAAUAAUAAUAAUAAUAAUAAUAAUAAUAAUAAUAAUAAUAAUAAUAAUAAUAAUAAUAAUAAUAAUAAUAAUAAUAAUAAUAAUAAUAAUAAUAAUUUUAAUAUUUUAAAAGAACCACAGAGUAUCAAUGACAAAAUAAGAAAGUAUCAAAAUUUGUCAAUAAUUAGAUCAAUUGCCUUUAUAUUUUUUUCAAACUCUUUUCAAUUUGAGCAUAAUAGCGGAAAUAUAACACAAUAUAUUAAAUAUUUAAAUGGAUUGGGGUUCAAUGAUUUGUAUAAAUUUAUUAAUAGCAAUCCAGAAUAA